AUGGCGUCUCAGUGCAGCCUUUCCACCCUGUUUCCUAUACAAAGUCAGCUGGAUUGCGCCCUAGAUGACGCCACGACACAGCAAGAGAAAGAAAAUCUUGUCUACCAGUACCUGAGAAAACUAGACGAGAGACAUGAUCUGAAGAUACCCGAUUUCCCGACAGGCUUGGAAUGGCUAAACACAGAGGGACCGCUGUCUUUGAACAAGGAGCUGGCUGGUAAAGUGGUGCUGCUGGAUUUCUUUACUUACUGCUGCAUCAACUGCAUGCACAUCCUGCCUGACCUGCACCAGCUUGAAGAGAAACGCUCUGUCAAAGAUGGACUGGUUAUUGUUGGUGUGCAUUCUGCUAAAUUCCCCAAUGAGAAGGUCCUGGACAAUGUUCGCAGCGCCGUGCUUCGCUAUGACAUUUGCCACCCAGUGGUGAAUGACAGCGAGGCGCGUCUCUGGCAUGACCUGGAGGUGUCCUGCUGGCCCACACUGGUCCUCCUGGGCCCGGGUGGAAAUCUGCUCUUCUCCCUGGUGGGCGAAGGCCACCGCGACAGGCUGGUGCUUUUCACUGACUGCGCCCUCCGUCACUACGGGGAGCAGGGCCUGCUGAAGGAGCACACAGUGGGCAUCAAGCUGUACCGAGACUCCCUGCCACCCAGCAUCCUGUCCUUCCCUGGGAAGGUGGCUGUAGACAACACCAACAAGAGACUGGUCAUAGCAGACACUGGGCAUCACAGAAUCCUGGUGGUGUCUUCUACUGGGCAGCUGUUACACAUUGUAGGAGGGCCUGAAAGUGGGAGACGAGAUGGCGACCUGUCUGAAGCGUCCUUUAAUUCUCCUCAAGGAUUGGCCAUUAAAGGGGACACAGUGUACGUGGCUGAUACAGAAAACCACCUGAUCCGAAAGAUUGACCUGUCAGAGGGACGAGUCAGCACCCUUGCUGGAGUAGGUGUUCAAGGCACAGACAAAGAGGGUGGGGCCAUGGGACCUCAACAGCAAAUCAGCUCUCCUUGGGAUCUAACACUUGGCUCUGCUGGUGGUGUUGAGGAGAACGUGCUGUGGAUAGCCAUGGCAGGGACCCACCAGAUCUGGGCUUUGUUCCUAGCAGAUGGGAAACUGCCCAAAGGAAGUGAGUCCAAGGCUGGGACGUGUGUGCGAUGGGCAGGCAGUGGCAACGAGGAGAACCGAAACAAUGCCUACCCACACAAAGCAGGCUUUGCACAACCUUCAGGCCUGGCCUUAGCCCCAGAAGAGCCCUGGAGCUGCCUGUAUGUGGCCGACAGUGAAAGCAGCACCAUCCGCACGGUGGCACUGAAAGAUGGAGCCGUCAAGUUGCUGGUAGGGGGAGAGAGGGACCCGCUGAACCUCUUUGCUUUCGGGGAUGUGGAUGGAAAGGGGGUGGACGCAAAGCUGCAGCAUCCCCUCGGUGUUGCCUGGGCUCCCGAACAAAGCCUGCUCUAUGUUGCCGACUCCUACAACCACAAGAUUAAAGUGGUGGAUCCAAAGACAAAGCAGUGUAUCACACUGGCGGGGACUGGUGAGGCUGCAGAUACUCUGGGCCCUGAAUUCAACAAGUCCUGCUUUAAUGAACCUGGAGGAAUCUGUGUCGGCGCCAGUGGAAAGCUUCUCUAUGUUGCUGAUACCAACAACCACCAAGUUAAAGUGCUCGACCUGGACUCCAAGACUGUCUCACUGUUCCCCAUUUCCACGUUCUGCACAGACUCGGCACCUACAAAGCCCUCAGGUCCUGCCAAAGCCCCCACAUUGCCUAAGUCAGCUGCCAAGAAAGAGAUGCCACCAGUGGCAGUGUCUGUGGGCCAGACUCUCGCUAUGUCACUCAAGCUGAUGCUUCCAGAAGGAACCAGACUCACUGACGAGGCCCCCAGCUGCUGGGCUCUCUCUGCUGAGGGUAACGAGUGGCUGCUAGACAGUCAGGUAGUCACUGGUGACAUUGUGGAUCUGUCGAAGCCACUCCAUAUCUCAACCAAACUUCCAGCAGCUGUGAAAGACUCAAAGAACUCCCCAUGCCUAACUUUGAGUGUGUGGGUGUACUACUGUAUGGAAGCAGGUAAAGCCUGUAUGAUGAAGGCAGCCUCUUUCACCCAGCCUCUUCAAAUAAGUACCAGCCUCGGAGAGAAAGAGGUCACUGUAGCAUUGGCGCAUGCCUUCUAAAGCCCCAUCUCUGUAUUAGUCACAAUAGCCACAGAAAUCAACACUCUCUGUAGCAUUGACACGUCACUAUUCCUUCAGGCUCAGCUAGCUCAGAUCCCUGUUGUGUGUGCACAGCUCUGGAAGAAGAAAGCAUAGAUUGUUUCUGACAGAGCUGUCACUUUCGAGAAAAAAAGCAAUUCUUACAAGCCUGAUUUUCGGGGGAAUCUCAUUUUAAAAGGCGCUCUAUGAAAAAGUGCACAUCAAAGCUGUAAUGUCAUUGACCUUGUGUGACAGUUAUUGAUAAGAACACAAACAUCUCCUGGCAUGCAGCAAACAUUACUGCAGCCUAAAAAAUGCAUCUAUAUGAUAUAUGAUUUAUGCAAAAAAAAAAAAAAAAACUUAAAAGGACAAGCUGCACUGACUGGAAAGUCAUGUUAAAAUAAACUGAUUAAAUAUGAAAAAUAUAAAAGCAGCUUUGUAGAUUUAAUGAGGAACUAAGAAAUUAUGAUAAUCGAAUUGGCAGGUGGUGAUGAUGGUGUCAGUAAUGAUGAGAGGAAUAGGAACAGGUUUUCUGUCAUAUAAUGAUGUUGCGGUUGAUUCCAGAUAUAUAAAUAUAUAAAAAGCAAAGCCUAUGAUUAGCUUCACAUUUCCACCUGAACCACCAGCUGGAUGUGAAUUUCAAAGACUAUUUACAUUCAGAUGCUGUCAACAAAAUAUUUUUUUUAAACAACAAAUUAUUAUCGAAAGAUCUCUGCUUUUUAAAAAUUAGUGGAAGCUUUCUGUUUACGUUUGAAAUAAUUUUCCCACCUAAAUUAAAUUUCCAUGAAUCCCAGGAAUAAAUAACCAGUAGGAAUAAAAAGGGGACACGUCUAAUGGAGCUGAUAAGUCAUUCAAACUUAGAGAAAGAACAUUUUAUUCUGCCUCUGCUCACACAAGCCUUGUUUAUGAAUGCUAAUAUCAGGUUACUGCCAGUUUCUCAAACAUAUGAUUUUGAAAAUCCGUCUCGAAUCAUGUCUUUAAUCUCCGUCCAAGGAAAAACUGUAGAAGUGAGGAAAUGACAUGAAACUUGAGUCCCUAUACCAUUAUCUAUGCAAAAAAUCUUGUCUUAUUCUCAUUAAUAUAUUAAUGUCUAUAUGUCUUACUUGUUUCAUUGGCAUCUUCACUUUUUUUAAAUAAUAUAUUUCAUAUAUAUGUGUGGGGUUGUUUAGUUUGCACUCUGGUUCAACGUUGCCUUCAGGCACACUAACCAAGCUUACAUAAAUAUUUGUCUGCGUACAGUAUGUGUCACCACAGACCAAGCAGUGUAGUUUACGAAGUUCACAGUCUCUGUAUGACUGAUUAUACUUUUGAUUAUUAUUAUUCAUGACACAAUGAGCCCUUUUGACCAUAAAAUACGGCUGUUAUCUAAGUAAUGAAUAAAGUGCCUGUUUUUCUAACCUCUUGUGAACUGAUGACACCGACUGACUGCUGUUUGCUCCACACACUGUGGGUUAUUGUAUUAAAAAGUCUUUAAUGUUUCCUGUUAUUAGAAUCUCUCCAUCGGGCAUUUAUAGACUUCAUCUUCACUCCACGAAGGGAACAUAAUAUAAAAGAGAUGCUCUGACAAUGAGUUACUGUAAUAUGUUGUCUAUUUUCUUGUGUAUGAUUCUGUUAUAAUGUGGAAGUCAUUUCCCCUGAUUGGUUUUCAGAGUUAUGAGUUGUUGUCCGAAAAUGGGUUUGAGACUUUGAUUAUCAUUGCUGUCAUCACGUCUCAUAACGUAAUUGUGCUUGUCAGACUGUUUUUAUUUGGUUUCACUUGGCCCAAGUGCCUUGCAAAAGGGGUGUUAUGGAGUGACACUUUAACAGUAUCAAAGGCAAUAACAACAUGUUUCCAUAAUGGGAGUAAUGUUUUAUUCCCACAAGUUAUUUAUUUCAGAUGAACUAUGUAAGUUUAGCGAGUGUGUUUUAUUAGCUCUGUUACCCCUCUGGCAUGUUUUAAAUUACUUGUAAUGAGCUUGAACGAUUGCUUGCGGCCAUUAAAACCACAUUUGAUUUCUUCUCACUCUGCCACCUUUGUAGACUCACCUUGGCAUGCUUUUAACCUCAGUGGUACCUUGUUAACAUUAGAAGAAAAGGGAAAUCAAUAAAACAUUUUUAUUUAGUGUAUUUUGUGUGUGU